CGUCGGGGCGGGACUAGGUCAACACAUGAAAUAGCUGCAAGUCUGUGUCAGCUUCACGAUUUAGGUGCGCGGUGCUGCUGGUUAGACUCAGCGAAGUUGUGAAAAAAGCCCUCCUGAGACCCAGACAGACCGCGGACUGACGUUGUGGAUGCAGAAAUGGCCUCUUCCGAACUUGCACUUUUGAGCGUGUCGGACAAAACUGGGCUUCUGGACUUUGCCAGAAGACUGGUGGACGUGGGUCUGUCUCUGGUGGCCUCAGGUGGCACAGCGAAAGCCCUGCGCGAUGCUGGGAUGUCUGUCAGGGAUGUGUCUGAGCUCACUGGACACCCAGAGAUGCUGGGAGGCAGAGUGAAGACCCUGCACCCUGCUGUCCAUGGCGGCAUCCUGGCCAGGAAAAUCCCCAGCGACACUGCAGACAUGGAGAAGCUGGGCUACGGCCUGGUCAGAGUGGUUGUGUGCAACCUUUACCCAUUUGUGAAGACCGUGUCGAACCCAGAUGUUACACUAGAGGCUGCUGUAGAGCAGAUUGAUAUCGGUGGAGUAACUCUGCUGAGAGCAGCGGCCAAGAAUCACGCUCGAGUCACGAUUGUGUGUGAUCCUACUGAUUAUUCCCUGGUUGCUAAAGAGAUGGAGAGUUCAGGAGACAAAGAUACGACCCUGGAAACACGCAGAACUCUAGCUCUUAAAGCUUUCACACACACGGCACAGUACGACGAGGCCAUAUCAGACUUCUUUCGAGGACAGUACAGCCGUGGGGUUUCCCAGCUGCCUCUGCGUUAUGGCAUGAACCCUCACCAAGCACCCGCCCAACUCUACACCCUGCUCCCAGCCCUCCCCCUGAGAGUGGUCAACGGUUCUCCUGGCUUCAUCAACUUGUGUGACGCUCUGAAUGCCUGGCAGCUAGUCAGAGAGUUAAAGAGCACCCUCGGCAUAGCUGCUGCCACCUCCUUCAAGCAUGUCAGCCCUGCCGGAGCUGCAGUAGGAGUUCCUCUGUCUGAGGAGGAAGCUAAAGUGUGCAUGGUGCAUGACAUGCUGAAGGAUCUCACUCCGCUGGCCACAGCCUAUGCCCGAGCAAGAGGUUCAGACAGAAUGUCAUCUUUUGGAGAUUUCAUCGCUCUGUCAGAUGUGUGUGACGUUCCCACUGCAAAGAUUAUAUCAAGAGAGGUGUCAGAUGGUAUCAUUGCACCAAGUUAUGAGGAGGAGGCACUUAAGAUUCUCUCCAAAAAGAAGAAUGGCAACUACUGUGUCCUUCAGAUGGACCCAGACUACGAGCCUGAGGAGGCUGAGGUGAGAGUGUUGUUUGGCCUCUAUCUCAAACAAAAGAGAAAUGGAGCUGUUAUCAAUAAGGAAUUCUUCAACAAUGUGGUUUCCAAUGGCUCUCUCUCAGAGGAGGCUGUGCGAGACCUCACUGUUGCCACCAUUGCUGUCAAGUACACACAGUCCAACUCCGUCUGCUAUGCUAAAGAUGGACAGGUAAUUGGUAUUGGAGCAGGUCAGCAGUCCCGUAUCCACUGCACACGUCUUGCAGGUGACAAGGCUGAUAAUUGGUGGCUGAGACACCACCCUAGUGUCUUAAACAUGAAAUUUCGCAGUGGUGUGAAGCGAGCAGAAAUGGCCAACGCAAUUGACCAGUAUGUCAGUGACACUAUUGGAGAGGGUCCAGACCUGGCUAUUUGGAAGUCAAUGUAUGAAGAGGUUCCUGAACGUCUAUCAGAGACGGAAAAAAAGAACUGGAUCAGCUCUCUGCAGACUGUGGCUGUCAGCUCCGAUGCUUUCUUUCCUUUCAGGGACAACAUAGAUCGUGCCAAACGGAGCGGUGUUGACUACAUCGCAGCUCCCGCCGGUUCUGCUGCUGAUGAGAUUGUGAUUAAUGCCUGUAAUGAGCAGGGCAUCACUCUGGUGCACACCAAGCUGAGGCUCUUCCACCACUAAGUGUCUCUACAGGUUUCCACUUGUUCCGUAAACUGCUGUUUGCUGCAUCAUUAGAGUCCAAUUUAAUGUCUAACAAUACUGAUACUUAAAACAUUCCAAUCCUUGAAACAUGGAGGUACAAUGCACUGUUUUGUAACACUAAAUGCAUUCCUGAUACAGUAACUGUUGGAGUUCAUUCCAGGCCAAUCAAAUUACACUGGUGAAAAAUAAACCGUAAAUGAUGA